AUGGCGCUAAACCUGGCAUCAUCCGCUCACACAACCGCCGCUGCCCCCCUGGCCACCAUGGAUCAUCCUACUGGCUCGGCCCUUACUACCUUUCACAUCUUCCCCAAGCUCCCACAAGAACUACAGAACCGAAUCUGGGCUCUUGCCAUCGAUGUGGACGAACCACGAGGGUACAACUGCGCAUUCACAUGUACCAAGAUCGAAGGCACGACGACCUUCCGUUGGGGGUUGCGAAAGAUCCGGCAGCCAGACCCCCCGUUCAUUGGACUCAAUGGACGGACACGAAAGAUUAUGUCCGCAGGACGCGCUGCAGCCAAAGUUGCCAAGCUCGAGUGGAAAAACUGGAAGCCCGAAAUACUCUUCAAGCUGGAGGACCGUUCGAAUGUGGGCGAUCCCAUGUCGCUUAUCAAAGCCGAGUCGGACACUACUCCAAAGAUUGUUGUGAAUGCUGCAAAGGAUCUGAUGGUCAUACCCAACCUUGGAAGAUCCAAGGUUCGGCCUGGUGUUGUCCAGACCUUCCUGCCACACCAUAUCCUGGCACAUCAUUCUGACUCUAGACUCCUGGGCAACCCUGGUAAGCUGUGGUUCAGACUUAUGAACAUGCUACCCCUGUGUCCGGAUAUUCGCAUCCUCUACAUUAUCAUUCACGACUUUGCAGCUGCGCAGGCAGAGCCGCUGGCGGAAAACUUCGGAUCGACUGCCGGACAUUUACUUGAGCGGUACAAGCGGGAACUCAGAGAGGUCGAGCCACAUUCUUCCUCGACAACCUAUCCGCUGGGAGAUCGAAUCUACUAUGAGAUCAAGCCUGAGGACUUUCCUCGCACUCAGGAGUUCAUUGGGCUUUUGCAGGAUAUUUCGCACGUGCUCGGGUGGCACGUUGGGCAAUACAAGGAUCGCGAGCAACGACUGGCGAUCCGCUUCAUGACCUGGCGCUAUGCCUGA